AGGGCAAUCGAAGCAGUCAGCAAGCCAUGGCAGCACCACCUCACAGCGGUUCUGACAAUCGGGGUGAGAUAAGAGCGUGCGCGGUGGUUUCCUUCCUCGCCUCUUGCUGGUGGCGCUUUCAUUUUCGCUGCUGCUCCUCGUAUAAAAGCGGCUCACUUGCUCUCCUUUCGCCCCCAAGUCCACAACCCUGCUGGCAGCCCCUUCUCUAUGGAUUCUGUGGAGGAAGCAAGUAGAAAACAGCGUUCGUCGAUCGUACAAUACAUUCUACACAAUGGGUCUUACUUUCGAUGUCAUUCGUGCGCUCGUUACAGUCUUUUCUGCUGUCGUCUUCUACGAUCACAUCAUCCAGAUCCGCAAUGAGAUCCGCCACAUAUGGCGCAGAAAAUUCAACGCGGUCUCGUUCUGCUACCUUAUGACGAGGUCAGUCCGCGACCCUCAUUUAUAUAUGUAACAGACGCAGCUUUUGCAUUCCAGAUGGCGCUUGCGUACAGCUGGAUCUCCGUCUCGCAGUGCUCGCGCAUCCACCGCCUCAUCCCGAUCCUCUACCUGCUCGGCAUCGCGCCCGCCCAGCUGCUGCUUCUGCUACGCUGCUGGGUCCUCUGGGGGCGCCGCUACCCACUGCUACUCGGCUUCCUGCUGCCGUACUGGAUCGCUGUCAUUGUCAUCCAGGCCAUCGCUAUCCCGCACUUCCAGCCUUUUGCUGCUGUCGGCUUCGUCACAUACACCCAACCCGGGGGCGCGCCAACGGACUUCUCGUACUGCACGAGCGCAGGAAGAGGCGUGUUCCUCAGCCUCUUCUGGGUCAUGCCCAUGUCGCUCGACUUUGUCCUCCUCGUCCUCGUCGUCGUCAAGGUCCUCGUGCAGCGCAACAAGCCGCAGGGUAUCACGCCCGUCUCGCGCCUCAUGCUCAAGCAGCAGCUCGGCUACUUUGUCCUCGUCUUUAUCCCCUUCCUCAUCUCGUCCGUGUUGAUGACCGUCACCAAUCCGAUUUUGCAAAGUAUCUCUGACCCCCCCGCCGCAGCAAUGGCGGCGAUCGCCUCUACUCGCGUCGUACACAGUCUCAAGUCAGAGAUGGAGCACAUCUACAGCAGUGCUGUCGGCAGCACGCCGAGGCCGCUCUUCGGUACUCCGCGCCGAGAGGUCGUCAGUGGCAUCACUAGCUCGACCAAAACUAACAGUGACGUCGAGAAGGGCGGCAAAUUCUCAAGUUUCGGCCAAACUUCGUCCAGCAUGACCGCAGCCACGGUACCGACGCCACGGGAGCGGGGCGGUAGUACACCUGCAGGCGGUGUCGCUGCCACGAAGCCCGACUUUGACCUCGACAUGCUCAACCCGCUCGUCUUGGCCAGCAACGGAAUGCGCGGCGCACACGUGUACCGCGGGGACUACUUUGGCAGCAUCGAAGCGUCUGCGCACGGCAGUCAGUCCCCGGGACGAGGAGCUCCAGGCAGCAGACACACCGAUCUGCGGAGGCACCCGCCCGGCGGAGUCCACCACGACGGAAACCAGCACCACGCGAACGACGGCGAGGCGCAACGCACCUUCGAAGCACUGCGCGCCCGAGCGUCUGCGCGUCCGCACGCAGCUGAAGAGAUCGGCUUCGGCCUGACGCAGCAUACCGCCCAUGUCUUCAAGCACGUCGCUGAGGCGGACAAGGACACUCGCGGCAACAGGCCUGGACGCGCUGAACAACAGAUAUGUCCCAUCUGUGCCUCCGGCGGUUAUGACGACGACGAUGAUGACCUUAGUCCGUGCUCGAGCUUGCAAGACCAGGCAGCCGCUGGCCCUGGCCCUGACGCAGGUGCAGUAGCAAGUCACCGUGGCUCGCGCCACCAGCGCCCGCGUCUCUUUGCGCAACAGACGUUUGGACAAGGCGCCCCCGUGCCGUCUGGCCCUGCUCAUUCUGCCACUGAACUCCCUCACGGCGUGAUCAUCGGCACAGAGCGCGGCGAGAGCUUUGACAUGGUCGACCCCGCCAGCGCGGCGCAGCAGUGGACUCCUGUGCAGAGCGAGCAGCAGCAGGAGCCACUCGUGGUCCAAGGUCACAUCUCAAUCCAGCCGCCACAGCGCGCGAGGGUCGUUCGCCAAAGCUCGACCGCCACCUUCGGCCAUGCAGGCAACACCGGUGCCGCCACUGCUACCCCUGCUGCUGACCGUCGCAACGGCGGUGGCGGCGCGAGGGACUCGAACAGGCCGAGCGACGAGCAGCUUCCUCCGCUGCCCCGCUCUCCGCUUGGUUCUGGGUCGCGCUGAUGCAAAGCUCGACUCUGUCCUCACCCCAGGCCACUCGGCCACGGAUGCAAUGGAAAGGAGUGCGAAAUGGCAGAGUGAAAGAUGUUGGAGCAAAAGUUCACUUCAAAAGCAAGAGCAAGCUAUACAACGGUGCCCGCCCUCUUGCGCAGCAGGAACUUGCGCGCACUCACAGAUGUGUUCCUCGGCGCCCUCGUACCACUAAGCUCUCAUUAUCACCUGCUGCAGAGAUGCUCUCUACCUC